CUCUACUUCGAGGGACACUAAUCAAAAACGUCGAAAUGAAAACUGGACGCGCGACAAUCACCAAUCAGAAAUUAGCCACAAGACUGAGAACAUUGUGAACUAUUAGCUCACCAAUCAGAAAUAGCAAUCCGAAAAACAACAUGACUAUUAUCAAUAAGUCGCCAUAAUGCGCCACAUUAUUACACACUACCUCAUUUAUUCACCAUCCAUCAUCUAGAAGUGAUAGCGUUGUAACGUCACUCUGAAUAAUCUGUUUCCAGCAGUUUUUCAAGAGGAGAGUCUCGAUCAUCAACGGCGUUUGUCAGCGUUCGUUGCAGUUUUAUCAUUCAUCACAAACGUUUAAUUCGAGGAGAAUAUGUCAUUGAAUACGGCACACACCAACGGCGGAGUUCUUCUCCAUUCUGGCGAGUGCAUCAUACUCUUCAGCGACAAUGUUAAUAUGGAAUUUCAUGGACAAGAACAACCAGAAUUUAUUGGAAAAAAACAUGGCAGAUUAUACUUGACAACACAUAGGAUGAUCUUUAAUGCUAAAGAUCACAAAGAAAAAAUGCAGUCGUUUAGUUUUCCAUUUAUUACACUGAGCGAAGUAGGACUGGAACAACCAGUUUUUGGUGCUAAUUAUAUAGGAGGCAAAUGCCGUGCUCAGCCAAAUGGUAAUUGGAUUGGAGAAUGCAAAUUUAAAUUGAGAUUCAAGAGCGGUGGUGCAGUGGAAUUUGCUCAAGCUUUGCUGAGAGCUGCUGCAAUGGCUCAACGCAACGGUCCAGCAAAUGAUGCACCACCACCAUAUACGCCUCCAUUAUCCGAUUGGUAUCCGGCACAACCUUCAGCUUAUCAACCUCCUCCAACUGGAUACUAUGGGUGGAUGCCUCCAACUAAUGUAUUCCCAGAUGUUCCGCCAGGAAAUACAGUCUUUAUGACAGACAGUCCGCCACCGUAUCCCGGAAUACAGCCAGGAUAUGGAUACGCGAGCGGCCCACAACAUCAAGGCGCCGGAGCUGCAGUAGGACAACCAGGAGCUCCUCCCGGAUGGGCCAAUCCGAAUUACAAUAGUCAGCCGAUGUCCCAUGCAGAUGCAAAGGCUGCUGAAGCUGCGCAGAGCGCAUAUUAUGAUCCUAAUAGACCUCAAUGCGCUUAUGUUCCACCACCAGAAUAUUACGAAAGUCCACCAGCCUACACGAAGAAAUAUCAGUGAAAAUAUAUCGCAUUACACAAGCGAACUAUAUAGUGUAAUCGAUGUACAUUCCACUUUAGGUGAAUACUGCAAAUUUGUAUGCUGUCGCGCAUUUAACGUAACAAACUGUCAACGUUUGUUACAACUCUUGAAUCUGGAUACAUAGAUUCAAAUUGAUGGUUGAAGGUGCACCAAGUUUUUCUCAUUAUAGCUAUGCAAUAUUAAAGCACAGGUAUUACUGCAGGUACUCCUGCAAUAAUACUGCUAUGUAUUAACGCGAGUAUUAACAAUAAUUUCUUGUACAUGUUAUCUCUUGAAAACAAUUGUAUUGUUGUGUUUCACACGAGUCUAUAUAAUUAUGAAAUAAAUGUUUACACAUAUGUAAA